GUUCAGUCUCCGUGCCGUUGAAUUUCUUCAAUCCAGAUACUGCUAGUAAACAACACUGUACGUGCGUCACCGGCCGGUCUGGCCUUGACCUUUUCUCGUUUUGCGGUUUAUUCAUAUUGUUGUUCCUAAAACUACGUAGCGUAUAGUGUCACAUACAAGCCUUUCUCUGCCAUUUGAUCCGCUGUUUUCGUUGAUCAGUUGCAUGCAAAUCCAGAAAUGACGAACUUUAUAAAACACGCCCUAAGUGUUUUAUCUGUAUUUCUUGCUCUUACCCAUGCCGCUCCAUUGGAACCAUACGGCACCGCCGUUGGUGACCGUCUCCUGAAUAAAGCCGAUAUUUCCGUGGGACAAGCAAUUUCGCAUUCGUUUGUCUUUCUGGAGCACAGUUACAACCAGUUAUAUUUAGGGACAAAUGGUUAUAUCAGCUUCGACCAGCCCUUUAAUUCGUACAACCCGACCAGUUUCCCCGUGAACGGCAUUUCGCUGCUGUCGGCUUUCUGGUCCGGCAUAGAUUUCAGUCAUGACUGCAGUUCGCUUCCGGGAGGCACUUUGAACAACAAUAUCUUCUACCGGGAAAUAACCGACCAGAAUUCACCUGUGCUGCAGGACGUGUCGCAUCAAAUACGAGCGUACGAUGCAACUUUCCGAUCAUUCCGUGCGCAGUGGGUGUUUGUGCUCUCGUAUUCCCGUGUCAUCCAGCAGGGUACAAGUUGUUCCUCAGAUAACCCUGCCAAUACUUUCCAAAUUAUAUUGGCCACCGAUGGACGAUAUUCCUUCUCUCUGUUCAACUAUAACAAAAUUGAAUGGGUCUCAUACGGGGGAAUUUAUGCAUUCGGUGGCUUCAAUCGAUUCGACGGGCAUUAUUUUAGGAUGCUCGACGGCUCCGGAACUGCGAACGUGGGAAAUAUUGUGACGACAUCGAAUACGGGAGUUCCUGGUCGCUGGAUUUUUCGAGUGGAUGGCGACACCGUCACUAGCAUAGACUGCGGUACUGCAUCCAAUAGUCGAACGAUUUCCAUUAGUCCAAAAUACGGCUCCGUACUGGGUGGCAACGAAAUUAUCGUCAGUGGAGUGUGUUUUGAUGCUACCACUCCCACCAAUCAGAUCGUUUGUAAAUUUGGCGGCGAAAGCUUUCCCGGUCAGCAGCACGGUCCGACCUCUGUGCGGUGCGUCGCUCCCACACCGGGAGAUAUCGGUGCUGUGACGCUGAGCAUCUCAGUGGACAACGGAGCGACCUUUCCUUAUGCGUCAGCAUAUACAUUUGAUUCUACGACGUACUCUGCCAGACUUGUUGACCAACAUUUAUGGGAGUCACGGAGCGAUACAAAGCUGCAAGUUCAAUGGAAUCCCUACGAUAUCGAUGCCGAUCUGGACAUCCUGCAAAACAACUACAAGGUUGCAGUCGAUUUGGUGGGAUGGUAUCUAAGUGGUUCUGACAUCACCCAGCAUGUGCGCACAAUCCUGGUUCCCCUUGUCCCGUCAGCCAUCAAUACAGGACGAAUGGACAUCGCUUUGCAAACGAUCAUCGACCUCCAUCAACCAGACUUCCCUAACGAACAAUACACUUUCCUGCGCGGGUCUCUUCGCAUUAUGAAAGACACCAUCCGCACUGUUACAAUUAAUGGGACCGGCACUAUGCAGGGUAAUCACCAGCUGCCGGUAUCCCUCUGGACACCGCUUUUCGAUAUAGAUUUUCUUCAGCGGCUAACCCCGCGGUCCAAUAACGGCUUGCCGGAUGCCAUUAAUCUAGCUGGACAGGUUCUGUCGUAUUCCGUUCGCCGACCACUGCAGCCGUUAUUUGGUCGACCUGCAGUUAAUGCACUGGCUUUCUAUAAAGGUUCGGAGACGCUGCUUAGUCAGGAUCAGUGGAGCAGGUAUCUGUCGGGGUUUCCUGAACGCCACCAAAUGCUUACCAACAUAAUGCAGUGUAUCGUUACCAAUGAUUCUUGCGGAUGCUGGGCGGAUGCUGAAAGAAGAACAUUAAGAUACGACUCCUCUGACUGCGCCGACUUCCUAGCCUGCCCGGCAAACAUCCACCAAGCCCGUUUGGACCGCGCCCGUUUCUCCGCAGAGGACCCACGAACCAGCAGCAGCGCAUGCAACCGUAUUCACACAGCGGCCACUUCGUUGUGGCCCAUCAGCCAUUGUGCUGAAAAUCCCGGCUCAAUUCUCUGCGUUAAUGCCCCGACUGUCUCGCGCCAGUAUCAACAGCAGUGCUGCUAUUCGGACAAUGAUAAUCUCAUUCUGGCCAACAUGCAUCCGGGCGGCGGACGGGUGAAGCUGGUUGUUCGAGAUCGGCAGGUCGCAGGCGUCAGUGCCGGUUUAAUCUGGCUGGCGCAGAGACUGGAGGAGGCCGUAACGGAUCGACUUCCAAUGAAAAAGUGCUGCGCCAACUGGAACAGUGACAGCUGCCUGUUGUUCCGGGAUGUUAGGAAGGGUGGCACAGCCCACUGCCCUGUGCCCGUCGUGCCGCCCCACCCAGGCGUCGGUCACGGAGAUCCGCACAUUCAGACAUACGACGGCUUCCGCUACACUUUCAACGGACUAGGUGAAUACAUUCUGCUGGAGAUACCUAACGUGAUAACGGUGCAAGGUCGAACCGCCAGAGCGAAAUCCGAGCAAGGAGUUGAGCUGCAAGCCACUGUGUGGUCAGCUUUGGCGUUUCGCGUCGGCAACAUUACCAUGCAAAUCGGCAUCAGUUCGCGAGGAGACGGACUGCAUCUAUACGUCAACCGCGACAGCAUUGAUCUGGAUACGGUUUCGUCGCUAAUUAAUCUAGGCGAUUCUAAAAUAAACCUGGAUCGUCAAGCUGGUACCGCGCUUCAAAAAGUCAGCGCUCAGCUGGCGCUUGGAAUUUUGGUAGAAAUCGAGAAAGUGGACUUUGUCAUCCAGUUCGAAGUUUCCUUGCCCAGCAUCUACAAAAACUCCCAAAGUGCUGGGUUACUCGGCCGAUGGAAUGACGAUGCCACGGAUGACCUUUUGCCUCGAGGCCACACGGUGCCGCUGCAUCCGAAUUCCUCCACCCAAGAGAUUUUCGCAUUCGGAGAGACAUGGCGGAUACGCAAAACCGAAUCCCUUUUUCAGUAUCAUACACCGGAAACCUACGAGACCAUUAACGAUCUCUCGUUUCGCCCGUUCCUUACUGCACCCGUGAUACUCAAUGCCACGUUGCGACAAGAAGCGGAAAAGCUGUGCGGCGCGAAUGCCGAAUGCAUGUUCGAUGUUGCGGCAACCGGCUUGCUGAGCAUGGGUCAGGCGACGAAGGAAUUUAUGGCAACAGCGGAAGAGGAGUUCAAAACUUCUCGAAUCAUUGUAACCAGUUGCGGCUACCCUGCCUUGGAUGAGUCGGUGGUCAUCGCAUCCAACUCGUCAUUCAACAGCGGCGAGAGUGUGCAGUUAGCAUGCCGGAACAGUUCUCUUUCUCGGAUAUCCGGCAGUACAAUUUUGCUGUGCUCAGCCGAAGGGAAAUGGAUUGGGGAAGCUUUAAAGUGCGGAAAGCAUGUUGACUGAUUUACUGUGCUGAGUGUGCUCAUCAUAGUCGCUUUCCUUUGGCGCCUGCUUGCAGUAACCAAAUCUCCCAGCUCAUUCAACAAAUUCAGACAUGGAACUGGAAAAUUGCUUGUUCUAAUUUACGUGAUUAAUAACCGUGUACUGACCUAUACGAAAGUCACAUAAUUACAGUAUUAUCGUUCUUGUAACAUUACACUUGUACCGUGUUUUAAUUCGUUUUGUGAUGACCACAGCGGCAAGCAGGUCUUUAAUGCUUAUAAAAUUAAGAAGUUAUUCCAAAG